AUGUUGGCAAAGACCCUCUCUCUCGCCUUGCUGGCUUCAGCUGGUGUGAUCGAAGCUCGAUCACUUUUUGAUCCGAGCCAGCUUCAUCGAGACAUCCAUAGGCGCCAGAACAACAACAACAAUAACAACAACAACAACGAUGAUGUAACGGCGACUGUUCUUGCUGCCAAUGCCAUUCAAUCGGCUUCUUUUCUAGAAGGGGAACCUAAAGAUGGACAGGCCAAAUCAAAGACCUCCCAAAACAACUUCAUCAACAACUGUGCCGGGAAAACACUCACCAAUGGUCUUCAGGUCCAAGGUGGCUCGUGCAAUGGAAUUCCCAUGGGUGAUAUCCCUGCUAAGGCAAACAUGGUGUCUUCUAUCAUCACCUUCCCACUUUAUGGGAGCGCUACUAUCGAAUCCGACACCACAUUUGAUAUUAGCGUUCAGAUGGCCAACCUCGUUGCCGGUUCUUUCACUAACGCAGCAUCCACCUACUACGCUGCCCCGCAACAACUUUCUGGCGGCAAAGUCGUCGGGCACACCCACGUGACCGUUCAAGACUUGGGGAAAAGUUUGAACCCUCAGCAGCCUCUGGAUGCAACUCAAUUCGCGUUUUUCAAAGGUAUCAACGAUGCCGGGGACGGCAAUGGGCUUCUCAAAGCCAGUGUUACUGGUGGCCUUCCAGCAGGAAACUACCGUGUCUGUACCAUGGCCAGCUCAUCCAACCAUCAGCCCGUCCUUAUGCCGGUAGCCCAGCGUGGAACUCCAGAUGACUGCAGCAAGUUUACUGUUGUUGAAAAGGGUAACACUGGGAACGGAGCGUCAACCGGGGGAAAUGGGAACGGAGCGUCAACCGGGGGCAAUGGCAACGGAGCGUCAACCGGGGGCAAUGGCAACGGAGCGUCAACCGGGGGCAAUGGUAAUGGCACGUCAAAUGCUGGGGGAAAUGGCGCCUCCAGUUCCGCCGCUGCUUCUACAACAACCAAGGCUGGUGGAAAGGGUGGAAAGGGUGCUAAGGGUGCGGCUGACAACAAAGCAACCAAAGCUGCUACCACGACUAAGGCAGCAAAUGGCGGCCAAGGAAAGGCUGUGUCAUCUCUCAAACUCGGCCCGUUCUUGAACACCACAUUCGCCGUUGCUUCACCAACUGCUCGAGGCGGGAAUGGAGGUAAAGCGGUCAUUGGCGCCACAACGACAACUGCCCAAGCUGUCUCUAGCACGGCAGCCGCUGCCGCUUCGCCUGCAACUCCGCAAAAAGGAGGCAAGAAAGUAUCUACAGGAAGGGUCGUCCAUAAAGUCACUGUCGUACAAACCUUCUUCCAAUUCGUCCGAUCUCUUGGUGGCCUCCCACCAUCCGUUGGCAAACAAGGGAACCGCUUCGCAUGUCUCAACGAGCUUUUCGAUGACCUGAAUUCUGCGGCUGCGGCUGCCUGCGGCCACCAAUAUACCCGCUGCGUCAGCUUCUCCGGCCCAGGCUUCUCGUUCGAAGAAUGCAGGAGCCAGAGACAGUUUUGCGGAGCUGCCGCAUCUUCUGCUAAACCUUCCGCCGCACCUGUUACCGUCACUGCCACAGUAACCGUCCCCGUAAGCGUUACCAUCACUGGCUCCGUCAUUGCUGAGUCGACAGUGAGUGUUACUGUUACCGCCGAUGCUAGCGCCAACACCGAUGCAGCUGCAGUCGCUACCUCGGCCGCUGCCAAAACCACCGCUGCUGCAGUUGUUGUUGGAGAUGUUGCUGGCUCAGAGGAUAGUGCCGAUUGCUCCGUUGUCACCGGGACCGUUACCGUCGACGCCCCUGAGGAGACCGGUGCAGCAGCUUCCCCAUCAUCAGCCAAUGCCGCCCCAAUAGUUUCCGCAUCUUCAGUCAAGGCACCAUUCUCCAACUCCACCGCCACCGCAACGAUCGCCGCUCCAGCAACGGCUUCAAAGCAAGCUCAAGUAUCAAACUCUGCAGCACUAGGAGGCAUCGCCGCCCUGGCAGUGACCGACUCGGGCGAUGCCAAGAGGCCUUUUGCUGUCAAUGGCAACACCUUUGCGAGUAAAUCCGCCGCGGCUCAGAGAGCGUGCGAUAUCCAGUUCAACGCUUGUGCAAAUGCGGUUAAUGGAGGAAAGUUACCCGACGUUAAGAUGGGUGACUGCCAGAGUCAGAAGGAUAGUUGCGGUGCGGCUGCUGCUACUGCAUAG